CCUUCACAACGCAAGAUUCGAAAGCUACCGGAAGUCUUCAUAUCCCCCAAUACUCAAUCAGCAUCACUAUGUCCGACAACGACGUUGCAACGAGAGCUCCCGAGAGCGACGCACAAGAGGCGACUGCGGCCUCCGCAGGACAAAGUGUCUUCCCAGGCGACACCAGGGCACAGGAAGGACCAAGCAUGGGUGAACACUGCACGACAGAUCGACCUACUCCUUCCGGCGAGAUACCAACCGGCGAACUCACCAAGCUCGGCGGCGUCGACGUAUACGUCGCAAAGCCCUCCGACUACCCACACUCGCCCUCGAAGCUCCUGCUCCUCCUCACAGGCGGUACCGGCAUCAAGUCCACGAACAAUCAGCUACAAGCUGAUAAAUAUGCCUCGGAAGGCUACCUGGUGGUAAUGCCAGACCAAUUCGACAACGAUCCAGCGCCGAAUUCAGUCGACAUGACCGAGGUCUCACAAGACGCUGGCUGGCUGGAACAGGUCAAAAUGAAGACGGCCGAAGGGAUUAAGUCUUUCAUGAUCGACAUGUGGCUCGCAAGGCAUACGCCAGAGAAGGUGCUGCCAUUGCUGCAUAAAGUCGUAGAGGGUGCAAAGGAAGAAUUCGCCGACGCCGUGGCGAACGGAGGUGGAAUCUAUGGAGUGGGAUACUGCUUCGGUGCGAAGUAUAUUCUUAUUAUGGCAGGCGAACAUCCUGAUACAGUCGCUUGGGGACAGGAAGCACCAAAAGACGAGGAGCAGGGUGUCGUGAAGAAGGCGCCCGUGAUUAAGGCAGGAGCCAUAGCCCAUGGGACGAUGGUUACCAAAGAAGACAUGGAGGCCGUCAGAGUGCCUGUGUACAUCGCUGCCGUGGAGAACGACCCGCUGUUCUCGGAAAGCGAGGUAUUGACGCCGGGACGACGAGCCAUGGAAAAGAACAGCGUGGAACACGAGAUACAGGUCUUCUCCGGGGUACCCCAUGGUUUCGCGGUUCUGGGAGAUUACGACGACCCCAAGAUCAAGCAGUCACAAGCGCAGGCGUUUGGACAGAUGCUCGGCUGGAUACAGGCACAUUGAAAGGCCAAUAGCGGACUGGAUGACUUCUUCCCCGCCUCAACCUGCAGUGUUGGUAUUGCGGGGUCUGCAUGCGUCGGCGUUAUGGUUUCGAGGGGUUUCAUAUGAUGGCUUAUACUAUUCGGGUGUAUUAGCUCUGAUUCUUGUCCUCAAUCAAAACUUCUCCACGUG